AUGUCUUUUAAAACAGAUUUUAAACCAAUUGCUCUAAAGGACACCAACCUAUUCAAGCCAAUUAAGGUUGGUAACACUGAAUUAAAACAUCGAGCAGUCUUCCCUCCUUUGACAAGGAGAAGAGCAAUUUAUCCUGGUAAUAUUCCAAAUAAAGAUUGGGCAGCAACAUAUUAUGAUCAACGUUCUCAGAGACCAGGUACUAUGCUAAUUACAGAAGGUACAUUUAUUUCACCACAGGCUGGUGGUUACGAUCACGUUCCAGGUAUUUGGUCUGAAGAUCAAAUUACUCAAUGGGAGAAGAUCUUUAAUAAGAUUCAUGACAACAAAUCGUUCGUGUGGGUUCAGUUAUGGGCUCUGGGUAGACAAUCAACUCCAGACACACUGGCAAGGGAUGGUCUACGUUACGACUCUGCAUCUGAUGGUAUUUAUAUGAAUGAUCAGUCUAAGGAAUUGGCUGAAAAGUCUAAUAACCCUCAACACGGUAUUACCAAAGAUGAAAUCAAACAAUACAUCAAGGAAUAUAUCCAAGCCGCUAAAAACUCCUUAGCUGCCGGUGCCGAUGGUGUCGAGAUCCAUGCUGCUAACGGUUACUUACUAAACCAAUUCUUAGAUCCAAAAUCAAACCAUAGAACUGAUGAAUACGGUGGAUCCAUUGAAAACAGAUCCAGAUUCACCCUGGAGGUUGUUGAUGCUUUGGUUGAUGCCAUCGGUGAAGAUAAGAUCGGUAUCAGAUUAUCCCCAUAUGGUACAUAUGGUAACGUAUCUGGUGGCACUGAACCAUUAAUUGUUGCACAAUACUCUCAUGUUAUCGGUGAGCUAGAGAAAAGAGCAAAGGCUGGUAAGCGCCUUGCAUAUAUACAUUUAGUAGAACCUCGUGUUACUGAUCCAUCCUUAGCUGAAGGUGUUGGUGAGUAUCACGAUGGUACUAACGAUUUCGUUUACUCUAUUUGGAAGGGUUUAAUAAUCAGGGCAGGUAAUCUGGCUUUAUAUCCAGAAAUUACUAAAGAAUUCAUCAAGGAUGGAAGAACUUUGAUUGGAUUUGGUAGAUACUGGAUUGCAAACCCCGAUUUCCCUGAUAGAUUGGAGAAAGGUCAACCACUAAAUAACUACGACAGAGACACAUUUUAUUCCUUAACUUCUGAAGGUUAUAUUGAUUACCCAACUUACGAUGAAGCUAUAAAAUCAAUGUAUUAG